AUGAGUCUGCUAGAUCCUUUUAUCCAUGUGGCAACAACAGAUAUAUUCAGCAAAUCUGGUUCCUUACCUCAAGAAAUCCAAGAAUUACAAGGACAGCAAGGUUUUGAUAUUUGCCAGUUUGGACGUCCUCUUUGGAUAGCCUACAUAGUAGCAAACAAAAAUGUGAAAGGAACUAUAUUGUUUGCCCAAAGCAAACUGCUUGGUGGAAUGGACCCAUCAGUACUGAUCUCAAAUGACAAUGAUAUGGGGAAAAAUCAUGCAAAGCGGAAGAUUGUCUUGUCACACUUUGGAUGUACUGCUGGUCUUCACCUUUGUCCUAAAAUGGAACUACCUUCCCAGUUGGCUGGCAACCAUAUGGCAACAAUAGUGGCCAUCAAUGAAGAUAGAACAGAGCUACUAGCUUGUUAUCCAUCUGAACCAAUCCUUGCUGAAGCAGCCAUGAAAAUUUUAAGUGUAGACAAUUACCGAAUAAAGGCAAUAGAAAUUUUAAACAGUAUUAUUUGGGAAGGAUGUAUUGUGGAUGCUGGUGACAGAGGUGAGCUUGGGAUGAGAAUUGUAUUGUUGACUGCUUGGAUGCAUACAAAACCAUUAGAUUUUUAUUCUCGACGGAUUAAUGUCUUGGAUUUUCUGCAAGCCCUUUUUCCACAAUCAAACAUUAAUACUUGCACUAUGUGGGAAGAUUAUGAAGUAGGAUUCACUCACUUUAUUCCAAUAACAUAUCAACCAAACAUGGACACUAUUAAAAAAGCUUGGGGGCAGUAUGGAGCAAUAAUCCUAAAACGUUGUCAACAAGGUGGAGAUCUUAUGUUAAUUGUCCAGAAUAAAAAAACAAGCAACUUUGGAUGUAUUGUUGUUCAGAUAAAAAACUGGGCAAGAAGACAAACCAACUUUGAUGAUGAAGUGGGUAGACAACUGGAAGCAACUCAUGUUUUUAGUGAGGAAUUAGGAAAACACAUUGGUAAAGAGCUUUAUUUGGGCAUUUAUGUCCACCUUGCAUCAACAGUACUUUUACAAUCAAUGAUUACACAAGGACCUUUAUUUUGA